CAGCCCAUAACCCCCGGAGCCGCCACCGGCUCCCUGAGCGCUCCGCUCGCGGCGGGGCCGCUGCGCCCCAGGGGCGUUGGAGGGACCCCAGAGCCGGUGGUCUGGGCUUCUUAAAAAGGCGAAUUUUGCUCAUUGCACAUAUUUUGCCUUCUGACAGAGAUCGGGAAAACUGAGCGUGCUGUAUGUUGUUAACAGGAGAAAGCAGAGUGGGAAAAUUUAAACAAGCUAUUAAUGCGUCAUGGGUUGAAACCGGUGAGUCUUGCUGCCCCCCAAUGCUGCAGAAAUACGACAGAUAUGAUUGUCCUAGAUAGUCAGUCUUCUCUAGAAAUAAGACUUGCAUUAAAAACGCUGGUGGAAGACAUUGAGCGACAGCAGAAGUUGAUGCAAGGACUUAUGGAGACAAAUCGAUGUCUUAGAGACGUGGUGCGACAGGAGCAAGGUCGGGCAUCUCGACAAGAGCAACGGGCUAAUGAUUUGGAAAAUGUGGUGAAAAACAUUAAGGCCAAAAUUCGUCAGCUGGAAGAUGAAACGAUAGCUAAAGCUUGCCAGCAACAGAACCAAGUCAGAGAACUUCAAAAAGACCAACAGGCUUCCCAGGUAAAAUACCAACAGCAGCAGGAAAAGCUGCAAGAACAGGAAGAGGUUAUUGCCCGUUUGCAGAAGGAGCUGAGCAAGGUUGGGGUGGAGGAGCAGCACCGCGUUGCCACUCAAAACAAAAUGUUUCGUCAGUUUUGCAAAAGAGCUCCCAAGUCUCUUCUAGAUCAGAGGUACCUUUGUCUAAUUGAUUAUUAUGAAUCUCAAAUUAGUCAGAUUAAAAAGGAGCUGAGGCAAUAUAAAAAAGAUGAAGACCGGGUACAGAGACAAGGAAAAAGCAAGGAAGACUUCUUAAAUCUAGAUGCUACUCCUAAUUACAGAGCACUGCUCACGUCUUUCCAGAAGCAACUUAUUGAAACAAAAGCCAGGAACGAAGAGCUUUUGCUUGAAAAUACAAAUCUCAAAAAAGAUUUGGAAAUAAGGCCAACUGCACAGGAAUUAAAAUUUCACAAGCACCAAGUGAAGAAACUAGAGAAAACUUUAAAGAAAAUUAUCCAAUCUUUGGGCAGUAGGACUGGAGAAAGAGAAGAAAAGAAAGAAUCUGGGAGCACUGCAGAAGUGGAUCAGCUGCAGGCAGCUUGCCGGCAUUACUUACAGGUUUUGUCCCAUAUUGAUUCUAUUUUGCGAAGUCCAAGAGCUCCCCCAUUAAUAUACCGGCGCAGCAAAGGGCCAGUGCAAAAUUAUACUAAAGAGAGUGGACAGGAAUGUGGAUUUGAGCACCUUCCCCUCACCAUAGAAAUGUGGGCAGAUCAGCUGAUGGCCCUAAAGGAUUUGCAUAGGUCCUUGAGAAAACUGUCUCUGGAACUCAUGCCCUGGCAUACUGCAGAUCCACAGGAUAACAGAGAAUCCAUACGAGUUGAAGAUCUCCAGUUCAUAGUAGAUGCAAUUUUGGAAGAAAUAGAAAAUAAGGAAAAGAACAGCCAGACACGGUCCUUGCAGACCCUGUCUGCCAUAGUCUCCCACUUCCAGAAGUUGUUUGAUGUGAAUUCUCUGAAUGGUGUUUAUCCACGAAUGAAUGAGGUUUACACAAAGCUUGGGGAAAUGACCAACGCUAUGAGGAAUCUCCAUGAGCUCCUGGAACUAGACAGUUCAGCUCCGCCCACUGUGGUAGUGGAUACUGUUGGGAAACUAUGUGACAUCGUUAAUAAGAAUGUGACUGAGCAGGUACAGCAGCUUCUGGGGACUCAGGACAUCCACAGUAUCAUCAAUAAACUAGAGGAACAUGAGCACUUCUUUCCACCAUUUCAAGCUCUCAUCCAAGAUUUGCUCUGUCUUCUAGAGAUCAGUAACCUGGAUGAUAUUUUGCCUGUGGUGCGAAACCUGAAAUGGAGAGCUGGUAAAGAGUGACUCUGCUCUUCUUGAGCAAGAUUUAUCUUACCUGUGAACACACCUGUCGAUGUAUAUGAAUUACAGCUACCUCUACUGUUACCAUAAGCAACAAUUCCAGAUUUUAUAUAAAUAAAAGUUGCUGCAUUUUUUUAAA